AGAAUUCUGAACAAGAUGAAUGAAAAAGUCUUCCUCCUGCUUCUUGGCUGUGUGACGGGGCUGGUGACCAGUCUACCUCUAUCUGCACAAAUACAGGACAAUCUACUUGGAGAGAACAAAGAUGUGCAGUGUGGAGGAUCCUUCUUUGACUCUCAAGGCAGCUUCACAUCUCCGGGAUACCCAGGGAACUACAGUCCAAACAUGAAUUGUAACUUCACCAUCACAGCUCCUGUUGGAAAUAAGAUUGCUCUGACCAUAAGUGACUUCCAUUUAGAGUCUUCCAGUUUCUGUAUGUACGACUAUCUAACACUCUUCAUGGAUGGUACAAAAAGGGGUCCAUUCUGUGGGGAUCGCACCAUCCCUGUGCUUUACUCCAAAGGCAACUCUAUGGUUCUCGUAUUCCACAGUGACCAGUCUACCCAGGCAAAGGGCUUCCAAGUCUCUUACACCUUCUCCCCAAAGAGUGAAGACUCCGAAGUGCCACAAGGGAUCUUCAGCAAGAUUUUGAAAGCUAAUAAAGAUAGCAAAACACCCAUGUAUGGAGGCGAUGUGCUGGUACAGAAUGAGCGCAGUGCCAUGAACUGUCCUUCUUGCCUUUGGCCUAAAAGUGAUAGUGGUAGUGUUCUUGUUCCCUAUACCAUAGAUUCCAGCUACAGUGCCAGUGACCUGAACAGCAUUGUGCUCGCCAUGGCCGAGUUUGAAACAUUGACUUGUGUGAGGUUUGUGCCUCUUACAACAGAAGAUGAUUACAUCAACAUCACUCCUGGUGAUGGCUGUUACUCAUAUCUUGGAAGAACUGGUGGAAGCCAGACAGUUUCAUUGGGUGGAGGCUGCAUCUACAGGGGUAUUAUACAACAUGAACUAGAACAUGCCCUGGGCUUCUACCAUGAGCAUGUAAGAAGUGACCGUGACAAUUAUGUUGACAUCAAUUUCCAGUAUAUCCCUAAAGGAAAAUUGGGUAAUUUUGCUAAAGCGGACACCAAUAACCUGGGCAGUCCAUAUGAUUACGGUUCAGUGAUGCAUUAUGAUGCCUAUGCAUUCACCAACACUUCAAACAAACCCACAAUCGUCCCCAAGCCUGACCCCAAUGUGCCUAUUGGGCAGACAAUUGGACUGAGCCUCUUGGAUGUCACUAAAAUUAACCGACUUUAUCAAUGCAGUGUCUGUGCGACUUUGCUUAAUAAUAAGACAGGAAUUUUGACUUCUGACAACUAUCCCUCUGCUUAUCCUAAUAAUGGUGACUGCGUUUGGUUGAUCAGAGUUCCAUCAGGGAAGGCUUCAGUGAAAUUCAGUACCUUUAAUAUCCAAUCCACUCCUAACUGUGACUCAGACUACAUGAGGAUCUAUGACGGUCCCUCUAAGAACUCUCCUGUGUUGUUGGAUAAAAUAUGCGGAAGUCAAACCAUCCCUCCAAUCAUCGCUUCCACAAGCCAGAUGCUGGUCCAGUUUGUCAGUGACGGGGCUGUUUCUGGGGUCGGCUUCCAAGCUUCAUAUAGCUCAGUGAAGUGUGGAGGAUCCUUCUUUAACUCUCAAGGCAGCUUCACAUCUCCGGGAUACCCAGGGAACUACAGUCCAAACAUGGAUUGUAACUUCACCAUCACAGCUCCUGUUGGAAAUAAGGUAAAACAAGAUGCCUUCAUAAUUCUCCCUAAUUAUUGGACUUCCUCAUUCUCUAAAAUUGUCACACAAAUAAAAUGUAAUGUUGUACAGACUCAUUACAAUCUGAAUGUACAACCCCCUUUGAAUUUACCAGUGUUCACCAGGGCCUACCUGAUUAAAUAGAAACGGAAUGUAUUG